UUCCUUGUCAAGAUGGAGGCUCCUUUGACUGUGCUCCUGCUCGUAGCCGUUACGGUCCGUGCUGCUCUCUUCAGGUCCAGUUUAGCGGACUUAAUUGCGGAGAGGGUGGAGGUGGUGUCACCUUUAACCGCCUGGAAGAGAGUGAUUGAAGGUUUGGCUCUGCUUGAUUUGGGAGUUUCACCGUACUCAGGAGAUGUUUUCCAUGAGACUCCUCUCAUCAUUUACCUCUUUCACUUUGUUGUGGACUAUGCAGAGGUAACAUUUAUGUUAGCAGAUGCCAUCACUGCUGUGGCGCUCUACAUGGCAGUGAAAGACUACAACAAACAAGUGUUCAGAAAGCAGAAAUUUGCCUUGGAGGCAGAUCGCUACCCCCUCGACUGCCUGGAGCUCAUCAGAAGCCCCAAAGAAAUGCACUACAUCCCUCUGAAAGUGGCCAUGUUUUAUCUCUUGAACCCAUUCACCAUCCUGUCCUGUGUCGCCAAGUCAACCUGCGGUCUGAACAACUCCGUCAUCGCCCUCUUCGUCCUCUUCACGAUAAAGGGAAAUGUCUUGCUUAGUGCCAUAUUUCUGUCCUUGGCCACGUAUCAGUCCAUCUACCCUCUCACUCUGUGCGCUCCAGCACUGCUGUAUUUGAUGCAGCGGCAGUACAUCCCCGUGAACUAUCGGCGGGCCAGCUUCUGGUGGUUCGUCGUGCAGUACGCCUUCAUGUACCUGGGCAGCCUGUUCGUCAUCAUCUGUCUCUCCUUUUUCCUGCUCGGCUCCUGGGACUACCUGCCCUCUGUCUACGGCUUCAUUCUCUCAGUACCAGACCUGACCCCGAACAUCGGCCUCUUCUGGUAUUUCUUUGCCGAGAUGUUUGAACACUUCCGCCUCUUCUUCCUCUGCGUCUUUCAGAUUAACGUUUUCUUCUACACCAUCCCGCUGUCCAUCAAACUCAAGGAGCAUCCAGUGUUCCUGAUCUUCAUGCAGUUAGCCGUGAUCUCCAUCUUUAAGUCUUACCCUACGGUGGGAGACAUCGCUCUCUACCUGGCCUUCCUUCCUGUCUGGAGUCACCUGCACAGAUUCUUGAGGAACAUCUUCCUGGUGUCCUGCGUCCUGUUGGCCUGUUCGGCUCUGUUCCCGGUUCUCUGGCACCUCUGGAUCUACGCCGGCAGCGCCAACUCCAACUUCUACUACGCCAUAACACUGCUGUUCAAUGUGGCACAGAUCCUGCUGGUGUCUGAUUAUUUCUACGCCUUCUUGAGGAGAGAGCACCACCUCACCUAUGGACUGUACCUGAAGAGGAAAGACGGCUCUGAGGCUACGCUAGUUCUUAAAUAAAACACACACGCUCAGACGGCCUCUGUCAGUCAGGGAGAAACUGCUCGCAACAAACAAACUGAGGAGGACAAAAGACUCAAAGCCAAACUGGUUCUCUGACGAGACACGCAGAACAUGUGUCUGGUACAGCGUCAUGUGCAAAUGACAGAACUACAUUGUACUACACUACAGACACAUGCAGAUGUUGGAUGUAGAAAUCUGGCUCCUGCCAAGUGUGACAGCAGCUAAACAUCACUCACCUCUUCUGCUCUUCUGGAGUGCUCUUAUUUUGAAGCCUCACUUCACCUGGAACCCACCUGUGAGGGGGCAGCUUUUAUUUUGAAGCCUACUUCUUCCUUCCAGCCAUUCUUCAAGAGUUUUAUUUUGACGCUCUCUUCGCUCCUGUAACUCCAUCCUGACCAGCUUUUAUUUUGAAGUUUCCUGCUGAUGUCAUAGUUCCUGAUGACAUCCCACACACAUUUUGUUUGUGUUGUUUCAUGUUUACGUGAUUAUGUUUGUCUAAACACUGGGGCUCGCUGUGGCGGGAAAACGAAGAGGAAAUCCUUUUAUGGGUUUAUCUGGAAGCAACAAGCGUCCAUUAUCUCUCACACAACUUUCUCACUGUUUGCUUUUCACCCUGUUUUUUCUGCUAAUGAACAAACUCCAGAUGAUCAGUGUUGCAUCUCAAGUGAAAACCAGUCAAACCAGUACUAACCUCAUCAUGGUACAGGGAACGUAACAGAACCUGGGACAGCGAUAGCUUCAGCUGCAUUGUGAUGGCUAAAGCCCGGACAGUUUGUUUCUACUGGACAGAGAGCAUGUCGGACAAAGACAACAGUGAUUGUGCUUUAAAGUGCUGGGUUCCGGAUCUGUGGAGAGCAGAGACAGGAGACAGGAGACGGGAGACAGGUCCUGUGGUGCCCAAGUGUUUUUACCAACUGUCAGAAUCAGAGCUUCAUAAUAUUUACAAACUCCUCAUUACUGCAGUUUGGCUCAUGUAAGAGUCAGGCCUUUGUUUCUAAUUUUUCUUUGUUCCCAAUUGAUUCAAACUCAAAACGUCCUCCAUCUUGUCCUGUUGAAUUAAUUAAUUCACUUUAAUGUCCAUAAUGUCCAGUUCCACAGCUCUAAGUCCAUCAGUGCUGUAACAUGAGUCACAUCAGGUGUUUGAACGUCAGCAUCAGAGUGGUGAACAUCACUCUGAUGCUGUGCUGAUGAAUUAGUGCUGUGGAAAUGUGGUCGUACUGAAUCGACCAUGUGAGCUGCUGUCGUAGGCUCUGGCCUGUGUUUGACUGCGCUGCCCACGUCCACGGCUGUUGUUUGAAUACCGGCUUUUACGUGAGAGUUUACGGUAUUUUUGUCUAUUUCUGUUAUUUAACAAAGUUGCUAUUAAAUUUACAUUUAAUGAAUCGCUCCCCAUGAAUGUGUUUCCUU